AUGUCGGGCACUGGAAAAUGCCUGGAGCACCGUGUCGCUACAGUUACGCCGACAACAACGAACUCUGUAAACCUCAAAUCAAACCGUUACACUCAGUCGAUGAACGAAGGCACAUCCUCGGCGCUGGCCGAAGAGGCAGGCUGGAUGGACAAGUUGCAGUAUGCAGCCGCUUGCUACCAAACGGUAAAUUUUUUUCCCGAUGCAAUUUCUGGAACAGUUUUCAGGCUUUCGCUACCGAUACAGCAGCAGCAGCAGCAGCUGGUAACUCUUCCAUCCCUCCAUCCGGGAGUGCCACGUCGGUUCAGCUCCCUGUAG